GUGUAUAUAUAUAUACACAUAUUAAUCGUCUGUUUGGAAUAGCAUCACACAAAUGGGAAGAGCGCCUUGUUGCCAAAAGGUAGGGCUCAAAAGAGGGAGAUGGACAUCCCAAGAAGAUGAAACAUUGAUUACAUACAUUCAAGCCAAUGGAGAAGGCUCAUGGAAAUCCUUACCCAAAAAAGCAGGAUUGUUGAGGUGUGGGAAAAGCUGUAGGCUCCGAUGGAUAAAUUACUUGAGAGGAGACCUGAAAAGAGGAAAUUUCAGUCAAGAUGAAGAAGAAAUGAUUGUCAAGUUGCAUACAACUUUUGGGAACAGGUGGUCCAUGAUAGCAAGUCAUUUACCGGGACGCACAGAUAAUGAGAUCAAGAAUCAUUGGAAUUCUCAUUUAAGUCGACAAAUAUAUCGUUUCAUCACCAGCAAAAACGAUAAGACGCCAACAUCAAUCGAUAUAGCCACACUAGACAAUCAAAAGAAACCAAGAGUUGGUCGAGUAAGCCGAUGUGUUGCAAAAAAGUAUAACAAGAAUAGAGUUUUCAAGAAUAGCAAGCCAACCCCACAAUUUACUACCAAUAAAUCAUCCCCGCCGACAACAGUGGACGGUCAAGGAGAUCAUCAAAAUGUGGGGAAUUGUUCAAUUUCUGUCAGAGCAAAUAUCAAAGAAAAUCUAGUUUAUGAUAUCAAUGGUAUCAGUGACGAGUUGGGAUUGAAUGGAUUAGCGGUCCAAGAUGAUGAACUGAUCGACAUAAACUAUUUUCUAGAGAGCGAGGAUAUGGAUUCAACAAAACAAAUUGACAUUGAAUAUAUGAAGAACAUGAAUGAAUGGAACAUUGAUGACAUAGAAGAUGAUCAAAACCUCCUGAGGCUUAAUCGUUCAGAAACAAAGAUGUUUGAUUUUGACGAGAUUAAUAUGUAUGAUGAAGUAGAUGACAUGCUGGUUUGGCUAUGGGAAGGUGGCAACCCUUAA